AUGACGGUGUCAAAGACUCGGGGCGCCGCACGCAAAGGUGCACACAAACGCGUACAUUUCGGGCGCCAUAUGGUCGAUAUCUUUGUCGGACCUGACGAACAUCCUUUCAGUGUGCACCAAGACCUGCUUUGUUCAAGCUCAAGCUACUUCAAGGAAGAAGUGCAAAGCUCUCGCAAAGUUAUCGAAGGCGAAUGUUCGAUCUGCACAGAAGGAAUGUCGGGACAUUUGCCGAUUACUUAUUGCGGACCUUGUGGUCAGAACUUCCACACUGGAUGCAUCCAAGAGUGGCUUGACAGAGAAGAGAUCUGUCCUCUUUGCCGCACAGAAUGGAAUUACUUCGAGGACGAGGUUGGAAUCUGCGAAACGAGUUUGGAAGAGUGCGAUCCUCUGAGCUUCGACAUGUACAUGCAGUGGCUAUAUACUGGAACCAUUCCAGUUUACCCUCAUGGCGACCUUGAGAAUGCUGUCCAAAACCGCUUCAUCGAACUCAUGAAAGCCCACAUAGUUGGCGACAAGCUUCAAGAUCCUGGAUUUCUAAAAGCCAUUUACGAGGAAAUCAUCGACUACAGUCUGACUGUCGAGAAGCUCCCUAGCCGGAAAUCCGUCGUAUUCGCAUAUACCAACGGAAGCGAAGUCUCUCUACUUCGCAAGUUCUUAGCGGCUCUGUAUGCUGUACGGGCAAGCUCACACUUCAAAGACUUAGAGAGAUUUCCAAAGCAGUUCAUAUAA